AUGAAGUUUAAGAAACAACAACCAAGGGAAGGUGAUCCAAGCAUCCAACUGGAGAUCUUUGAGGAUCCAAAUGGAGGCAACGGCAAUCUGGUCAACUACUUGGGCUCUACUUUUUUUGAACCUCAGAUAAACACUGAUCCUGUGAGAGUACCAAGUGAUAUCAACCCAUCAGGACGAAAUGGGAACAAGGCAAACACAGACAGCACAUUUCAAGCACCUGAAAAGAAGCUGACCCUCUUCGCCCUUCACCUUGCAAUCCUGGAAAAAGCUGCAAGUGGCCUUGGAACGCUAGCAUUCAUCUGGGCUACAGUAGUUCUUCUUGGUGGGUUCGCAGUGCUGCUAGAGGACAUAGAUUUUUGGUUUGUGACCAUAAUUCUCCUCAUUGAAGGCACCAGAAUCUUCAGUCGGAGCCACGAGCUCGAGUGGCAGCACCAGGCAACAUGGACCCUAGCAGCAGGUGGACGUUACAGCUUCCGAGCGCUCAGAUCCAGCUCCCGCUUUCUCUUUCGGGCUAUAAAAGCAAUAUUCCAUCCGUUCUCCAUUGUCCGACCACAAGGUGACAGCAGCCCGAGGCCUAAAGGAAGUAACCAAACCAUGAGAGAAACCCAAAAGCAAGUUCUUCGAAGUAUGACCCAGCGAACAUGGUAUGCACCCAACGUUCCCCUUCUCCCUCAUGCUGGCUGGGUCUUUCUAUCAAAAAACAUCAGCAUGAUCCUUAUAUGGCUGCAGCUCUUAUCAGCUACUGCAUGUGUGGUGCUUUCCUUGAUGCGCCUUAUUGAGCAGGAUUAUGGUGAGGUAGGACAAGAAAUGGACAAAAGAAACAGGAGGCCAGCACUGAACAUAUUCUAUGGGCUGGCUCUGGCCGAAGCCCUGAUGUUCCUGAUGGAGAAGACCUACUGGCACUGGAAGGUCUCAUAUGGCAAGUUGUUGAAGCAAGUAAGCAGGGAGUGCGAACUAGAACCAUCUGGGAUUAUAUCAAUCAAACGGUUCUUCUAUGAUGCAUACUCUAAAUGCAUCAGUGGGAGCAUCUUCGAUGGCCUCAAAAUGGAUCUGGUGACUUUUGCCAAGGAGCUCUUGGACUCUGAUUAUCAGGAUGAGCAACUCAUCGGGGUUCAAAUGCUGCAGAAGUUUGUAAAAAGCAACCACUUCACCUCCGAGACUCUACGCAAGAUUGGCACUUCAACCUGGGUGAUCGAAAGACUGAUCGAGAUGCUGAACUGGAAGAAUCCAGCUGAAGAAGAAAUCAGGCGAUGUGCCGCGGAGAUCGUGUCAAAGCUUGCUGGGAAGAAGCAAAAUGCACUAAGAGUUGCUGGAAUUCCAGGAGCAAUGGAGUCGAUAUCGUCUUUGCUGCAUACUAGCAACAGCUAUAAUGCCAAGCCCCAUGAAAUCUAUCAGAGAUCCAUUAUUUCUGAUCCAACAAACUAUGAUUUUUUAGCUUUUAAUCUACUGGGUCUGUUAAUUCUGAAAAAACUUGCUCAUGAUCAUGAUAAUUGUGGGAAGAUUGGGAAUGCCAGAGGCCUCCUGCCAAAGGUCAUAGACUUCACAAAUGCUAGCCAGAGCUUGCUGCGAAAUGACCUAGCAUCAGAGUCCCAGAUCAAAGCAGUCAAGAGAUCGCUGCAACUGGUGAGGAUGCUGGUGAGCACAACAGGUAAUACUGGAAAAAUGCUUCGGCAGGAAAUCUCAGAGAUUGUCUUCACAGUGAGCAACAUCAGGGAGAUCUUGCAGUAUGGAGAGAACCACAUGGUGCUGCAGAAGCUGGGGAUUGAGAUUUUAACGAGCCUGGCAAUGGAUGAAACUGCAAGGGAGCAGAUUGGGAGCACAGGUGGAAUUAUUAAACUGCUGUUAUUUAUCUUCUUCAGGCCAGGAUUUACAGAAAAUGAGCACUCAGUGAGCGAUGAAGCAGGGGAGGCACUAGCAAUGCUGGCACUAGAAAGCCGGAGGAACUGUGAGCGGAUCUUGAAGGAGCAGAGAAUUUUGGAGCGGCUCAUCAGUGCACUAAAUAAUCCAGUGCUCCAAAUAAAUGCUGCAAGAAUCUUUCGAAACUUGUGCGCAUACUCUGGAAUUGAAUGUGCUGAUAGCCUCAGGGGAGUCACUGCUGCCUUACCUACUGUGUUGAAAGCUAUUAUGUAUGAGAAAGAUAAACUACUGGAGGUAUCAAUUGGGCUUGCCACACAGAUCUGCAAAUUCAUGGGCCCUACAGAAUAUGCUGUGGAACUUGAACGAGCUGGCAUUAAAGAAACUGACCUUGUGGAGAAGCUGGUACAGAUACUAAGAGAACACAGUUACCCAGAAAUUAAGGUUCCAAGAAUAAGAAGGUUUGUAAUUGAACAAGCAAUUUGGCUAAUGAAAUCCCACAGAAAUUAUAUCCAGUUAUUCAAGAAUUUAGAAAUGGAGAAGCUCCUGGAGAGUGUAGCAGAAACCACAUCAGAGCUCGAGUGCUUUCAUGUUUUCUCUGGUAGCGUUGGACUGAGCAAGCACCGUAGAUCUCUCUCCUCUGUUGUAGACACAGCAAUUGAGUUGAUGAGCAAUGGUUAAAGUCAGCAGGCAUGCAACUGGAAUGCUAGCCAAAUCAUAUGUACAAUUAUGAAACAGAAACACUAUUGCUAGGCCAAUUUCAUGUACAACUACACAUAGGAACAUCAUUUCUAGUCCAAUCAUAUGUAUAAUUACACAUUUG